AACCUUCCAGUUUCUUAUCGUGUGUUUAUACAUGGUUUUUAGGCCUUCGUCCAGAAAAACGUUUUCAGUUAAUUUUACAAAAGAAAUGAGAUGAUUUUUGUAAAUAUCCCAAUUUAAAUUCGGACCCUGAUGAAAUCUAGUUGAUUUCACUUUUCCAAUAGAGUUCUUCCAAUCGAAUUAUGCGAUGCCUUUGUACAGAUUCGUUGUUCCGAUGCAAUUUUACAUUGGUGAUCCUUUUAGUUUUAAGCGUUUCGAUUUAUAUAUUUGUUAUGGUCCACAUCCAGAUGUCGACCCGUUUCAACCCGGCCGUCGAGAUCGAACCGUUGGAUCGGAUAUUUAAUUUCAACCUGUCUCUGGACAAACUGGUGCACAGGACACACAAAAGAUACCUGAGUUUUAUGUUAGAUUCGUCUUUCGUGCAGCGAGGCCUGAAAAAACCGUCUCUCAGAACCAAAAGCUUAAUAACUCGCAUCUCUCAUCUCAGUGGAGGAUAUUUAAGAAUUGGUGGAUACGCUGCAGAUUUGCUGGUUUUUUCGAUUAUGUUUCAAUCGCCUGGUGAUCACUAUUUGAAACCCGAUGGAGGGUAUUGCUCUUUCGAACAAGUUAUGUGCCAUAAUUCGAAGCAUUUAAGGAAAUUUGCCAUGUCGGCUGACAGCUGGACUGAUAUCAACUUAUUUACCAAUCAGACAGGCUUAAAGCUUAUUUUUAAUCUCAACGCCUUGAUGAGAGGAGACCGCAGAUGGAAUUCGAGUAAUGCUGAAUUUUUGAUGGACAUUGCAUACGCAAAUCAGCAUGAAAUUGAUUGGGAGCUGGGAAAUGAGCCCAAUUCGUACCCUUUUAAAUUUGAUGCCGAAGUCACUCCUGAAGAGUUGGCUUAUGAUUUUGGCACUUUGAGGCAACUUUUGAACAAAUACACCAUUUACAAACAAUCGCUACUGAUAGGUCCUGAUAUCACACAUCCUCGCCCUUCAAAACUCGGCCCUGCCAAAUAUUUAGAGGAGUUUCUGGUUUCUAAACCAGAAAUAGAUGUAGUUUCAUGGCACCACUACUACACUGGGUCAAAUGCGACUGUCCAGGAUUUUUUGAAUGUAGAGACGCUCAACAGUUUUCAACAGUCUGCGCGAAUUGUUAAUGAAAUCGUGAGGCGUCAGGCACCUCAGAAACAAAUAUGGCUGACGGAAUCAGGUUCAGCUUAUGGUGGAGGGGUAGAAGGUCUUUCAGACAAAUUCAUAUCUAGUUUUUUAUGGAUGGACAGACUUGGAUCAGCAGCCAAAAACAACAUAUCAGUCGUAGUUAGACAAUCUCUUUUUCAUCCGUUUUAUUCUCUUCUAGAUGAAGAUACCCUCUUCCCAAACCCUGAUUAUUGGGUGAGUGUACUGUUCAAAACAUUCGUAGGACAGGGAGUGCUAAAUAUAGACUGCCUCGAUGAGAAUUACGAUGAAACGUUACGAGUCUAUGCACACUGUGGUAAAGGGAAAAGGAAAAACCCUGUCCUGUUUGGUUUAAACAUUAGCAAUCAUUCUCAAGGAAUUGGCCUUAAACUGAAUACCACUGGCAAUUUUUACUCAUUGACGACACCGCAUCUCGCAUCAUCUGUUGUCCAUCUUAAUGGGAAAUUGUUAGAAUUGGUAUUUUUUGAUCAACUUCCAAGUUUCAUUCCUGUGAAAAUUGUUGUCAACAGCAAAAACCCUGUUCCCAUCCUUCCAUAUUCUUUGUUUUUCUUAGUUCUUGAUAUUAGUGUCCCUGUGUGCUAAUAAAUAAAAUUGUUUUUAA